UAAUGUAAAUAUAACGACAAACACGUGCUUUAAAUACCUUUAAGUGACCGACGAUUUGGUUUACAUUUCAUUUGAAGUUUAGUUUUUAUUAUCAAUUGAAAAUGGCUAAUGAAUUUCAAAACGAAGACAUAGACAGUGAUGGUGACAGUGAAGGAGAUAGUGAUUCGGAAAUGGAGACAAUAGAAGGUGAUGGACAACAACAGUUGGUUCGGCGGACAUAUAUCCCGAAGACCAUCAAUGCUGACGAAGAACUGGAUUUUGAUGAAAGCGCUUAUAUUAUGUACAGAAAGGCUCAAACAGAAUAUCCAUGUCUUAGCUUUGAUGUCGUUGAAGACACAAUUGGUUCCGGUACUGAACGCUCUGAUAAUUAUCCGCUGACCUGUUAUUUAGUGGCCGGAACUCAAUCGGGAAAAGAAGAAGGAAAUAAAAUACUUGUUCUUAAAAUGUCUAAUUUAAAUAAAAUUAAACAAAAAGACAAUGAGGAAAGUGAUGAUGAAGAUAGUGAUGACAGUGAUGACGAAGAUGAAGCACAGCUUGAUUUCAUUCCCAUUGAUCACAGGGGUUGUGUUAAUCGGAUCCGUAGUACAACAAUUAAUGGCAAAUGUCUUUGUGGUUCGUGGUCUGAGUCGGGAACUGUUUAUCUCUGGGAUUUCACACAAGCUUUAAACACUGUGGACGACUCGCUCCUCAUUAAUGAAUAUAUGAAAAACAAAACUACAAUUAAACCAAUUUAUAGUUUUAAUGGACAUCGUGUUGAAGGUUAUGGUAUUGAUUGGUCUUCACUAACACCGGGAUUUUUGGCUACCGGUGACUGUCGUAAGAAUAUAUUUAUUUGGAAACCAAAAGAAGGUGGUGUUUGGGCUGUUGACCAAAAGCCACUUCCUGGACAUAAAGAAUCAGUUGAAGACAUACAAUGGUCUCCGAGUGAAGCAAAUGUCUUGGCCUCGUGUUCUGUGGAUCAGUCAAUCCGUAUUUGGGAUAUUCGGGCACAACAUUCAACAAGUUGUAUGUUAACUGUUGAUAAGGCACACGAUUCAGAUGUCAAUGUUAUUUCUUGGAAUAAAACUGAAAAGACAUUCAUCGCUUCUGGAGGUGACGAUGGAGUCAUUAAAAUAUGGGAUUUAAGACAUUUCAAAUCGAAAUCACCGAAACCUAUUGCAUCAUUCAAACACCAUUUAUCGCAUAUAACUUCAGUUGAAUGGCAUCCAACUGAUGGAACAGUUUUUGCCGCUUCAGGAGAUGACAAUCAAUUAACACUUUGGGAUUUAGCGGUAGAAAAAGAUAAUGAAAAUGAAACGCAAGAACAAGAGUUAAAUCAAUUGCCGCCACAGUUGUUGUUCAUACAUCAGGGACAACAAGAAGUUAAGGAAAUUCAUUGGCACAAACAAAUACCCGGACUCAUCAUCAGCACAGCAUCUAAUGGUAUCGAUUUGUUCACAACUAUAAGUGUAUAA